AUGAGUAACAAGAAUUUGGGACUAUUCCUGAUGCUGAUAAUGUGCCUUGAGCAGGUUGCCCAUACUCAAGCUGUAGUUAUAGCCAAACUAACGACCAGCCCUUCAACGAUUCCCAAGCCCAAGCCCAAGAGAGUGGUCAACGCGCAGAUCGAGAAGAUCAAUUGGCAGAAGAUGAUGAUGGUCAACACAGAGACAUUGAUCGAGAAAAAGACAUACUUUGUGAAACCGGAUCAGCCAGCCCAGUUCAUGGAAUUCAUCAAGGCCUAUGUGAUUACCGGAGUAUCGUUCAUCCCAGAAGUUGGCCCUGCCCUCAGUGGUGCCAUCGACUCAAUCUGGUCUGGCUUUCUGGAGAACACCAAUGACAAUGACUUCAACGAGGAUUGGUACCUGGCCGGCAUCCGUGACGUGGUUGGCGACGAGUUGAUCAAGUUUGACAUCACUGACACGAUCUCCAAGCUACAAGGUUUUGGAGAACUGACCAAGAACUUUCACACAUAUGUCAAUGAGUCAAAGUACCACAACACCGCGAGUGUUCGAAAGCAGAUCCAAACCUACUACAAUGCCCUCGACAUCGGUCUGCGUCUACAUCUGAACGGAGACUUCAAGCGCCCUGGAUUCGAACUUGGCGAGCUGCCCAGCUAUGCCGUCGCUGCCACUGUCUACUUCAUGCUCCAGGUCGAGUUCAACAGACAUGCAUUGGCAUGGGGCUUUGACGAGAAUGUCAUCCGCAUCCAGAGAGGCUUCGCCUUGGAUGCUCUACAAAAUUACACCUCCCACUGUCGUACAACCUUUGACAACACGAUCGCCAAGAUUGCCGCUGCUGAGGACCCCUAUGAUCCAAUCUCUGGAAGGAACACGUUCGAGAGAAUGCUGGCUGUGCGCCGAAUCUUGAUCCCAGCCGUGUUUGACUACGUCGGAAUGUGGUGGCAAAUGGACGCUAUUAUGUUCCCCAAGGGUGUAUAUGCUGAGAGGGUGCGCAAGGUGUGGGCACCAACCAUUGGCUAUGCCCGAGACCCUGACGCCCUUAGUACCCCAAACAACGUGAAUAUGUUCACCGGCCCUGGAGUCUCAUACAGUCGCUACAUGUAUUUCUAUGACCUGAGAGCAAUUGAGCAGGUCAAAGGGCUUAUCUCCGUUGCACACUUCUCCUUGAACGACAUGUACAUCACUGGUCUUCGCAAAACCUAUAGGGGCUCCAACAUGGACUACUCAACUGGUUGGAGCCGAUGUGACACACUUCCUGGGGACGACCUGGUCCGUGGCUAUGUCAUCAACUUCCCCAAGACUUUCAAGGAAGCUAAGCUGACUUUGAUUGGCGACUCGGUACCCAAGUAUAUCAGGUCCAUCGAUCCCGAUAACCAAUACUUUGUCUUGGUCGAUGGCGAGUUCACUGAAGAGUAUUGCAACCAAGCUGAGUACUCUUGCACGCCAACGCCAGAGGAGAAGUAUGAAGACUUCAUUGUGCCGCUCCACAAAGUCGGUGACAUGAUUGCAUGGGACCAGAACAGUUUGAUCAAUUAUAGGUACGAUGUAACCGACGCCAUCAUGGUUGGCCUUGUGCCAACCGACCUGUUCCACAGCAACACUGUGUUCAGGCACACCACCACGGCCAUCGACGCUCAGAAGUUCUCUGGAAAGGAGGAAGGAAGCAUCUUUGCCCGCGACCACUUCACUAUUGGCUCUCAUGCCAUGAUGAUCCCAAUUGGACAUAGUCUCAAGUACCAUUUUAUCGCGCAGGACAACAAAGGUAGUGAUCACUACGUGGGAAUUAUGGCAUGUUUGAAGACCGCUGGAGCUCCAGUGACAGUCACCAUCACACACUCGGUACUCGGCAAGUUGUGUGAUAUCGUGAUCAGUAGUACCGACUACCAUCCCAUUAUGGAUGCCACCCAGAGCCUGGUGAGGCUGACCAGUCCAAGGGCGACCUCCAAAAGUCCUUAUUAUUCCAUUUCCGGAACAGGUGACUUCUACCUCAAGUCAAUUAUUUUAGUUCCAAGACCUUAA